GAAGCACUUCCGGAUACACACCAACACGUGUUAUCGUUGACUAGUGUGUAUGGAAUUUUAUACUUGACAGUUAUCAACAUGGGCCGCAAAAGACACAACUGGAAAGCUAGAGUUCAGACUGAAACAGAGAUAGACAGAAGUGAAGAAAAAAAAAUAAAACUAGAUUUACCUGAAGCUAAUGAAGAACAUUAUGAUGACAGCAAUGCCUUAGUUUUGCCUUCAAGGAAAAGAAAAACAAAACAAUUGCAAAAAUGUGAGCCAACUGUAAAACCACUAACUAAAAAGGAACGGAAGACACUUCAGAAAAUAGUCGCCACGAAGGAGAAAAAAGCAAAGCGAGCAAGUCUACUGCAGUCACUGCAGUCUGUUCAAGCAACUGAAGAAGAGCUAAGAUUGUUUACUAGCAUAUCUGAAGUCCACUCACAAAGGUUUAAAAGCAAGCUUUUGGAUGUUGCUGACCCAGAAGAUAAAGGUACAAACGCCAUUCGUGGCAGCAAGAAAAAGAUGGCUGUGAGCAAUGAAAAAAUACAGGAGGAAGUGGAAGAGAUUGAUACAUCAGACAUGUCAACUGAUGACGAAGAAGAAAAUGAAGAAAGGAAGCAGGCAUCAGAUGAGCAAGAGGGGCAGACAUUGUCCAAAAUGGACAAACAAUUUUCAAGUGAUACAUGCUUGAGUAAUCCAUCUGGAGAAAAGGUUUUUGCACAGAAAACAGAUCACAGAGAAACAAAUGUUGACAAAGAGGAGACCAAAAAAUUGAUCAAAACUGAAACUGAAGCUAAACCUGCUGUACAUAUUCCUUUGAGCCGACUGCCAGAAAUUGAGGAAGCCAGACAAAAGCUACCAAUUCUCGGCGAAGAGCAAGCAGUAAUGGAGUGCAUUAAUGAAAACCCCACUGUAAUUAUAUGUGGUGAAACUGGGUCUGGAAAAACAACACAAGUGCCUCAGUUUCUUUAUGAGGCAGGCUAUGCGCAUGGUGGCGGCAUAAUUGGAGUAACAGAGCCACGCAGAGUAGCUGCUAUAAGUAUGUCUCAGCGCGUUGCUACAGAGAUGAACCUCUCCACAAGAGAGGUGUCUUAUCAGAUUCGGUUUGAGGGUAAUGCAACGCCUGAUACACGAAUCAAGUUUAUGACAGAUGGCGUCCUGUUGAAAGAAGUACAGCAGGAUUUCCUUUUGCUGAAGUAUAGUGUCAUCAUUGUUGACGAAGCCCAUGAAAGGAGUGUGUACACCGACAUUCUUAUUGGACUUCUGUCUCGCAUUGUACCACUUCGAGCCAAGAAAGGGAAGCCAUUGAAGCUGAUCAUCAUGUCUGCCACUCUGAGAAUUGAGGACUUCACAGAAAACAGUCAUCUGUUUCGCGUGAAACCUCCAGUAGUAAAGGUCGACAGCCGUCAGUUCCCAGUAACUGUUCACUUUAACAGACGUACGCCAUUUGAUAACUACCUUGCAGAAGCAUACAAAAAGGCAUGCAAGAUUCACCAGCAAUUACCUGAGGGAGGAAUUCUUAUUUUCGUGACUAGUCAGCAAGAAGUACAGACACUCUGCAGCAAGCUGAAGAAAGCUUUUCCCUACAUCAAAGGACAAGUGGAAGCAAAGCCGGAGAAGACAGAGUCUCGUAGAGAACGAAGGAAGAAAGAAGAAGAAGAGAAGAAGAUUAUGCCUAAAAUUGAUCUGAAUAAAUAUUCAGUUCAGCCCACUGAUGAUGAAGCAGAGAUGGAGAUGGGAGAUGAUUCUGACCUUGACUUUGACCACAAUGACAUUGAGACUGAAGAGGAGGAUGAAAAGGAUAUGGAGGAGAGUGCGGAGAAUGACAUCCAGAAAACUGUUCAGCCUCUUUGGGUUUUGCCACUCUAUUCUUUGCUGUCAUCAGAAAAGCAGGCUCGGGUGUUCAGACCUUCACCAGAGGGUUGCCGACUGUGUGUUGUGGCUACAAAUGUGGCUGAAACGUCUUUGACAAUUCCAAAUGUUCGUUAUGUUAUUGACACAGGAAAGGCAAAAACCAAAUACUAUGACAAAGUGACGGGUGUGUCAACUUUUAAAAUCACCUGGGCAUCUAAAGCUUCUGCCAAUCAAAGGGCAGGUAGAGCAGGACGUGUUGGACCUGGUCACUGCUACAGAUUGUAUUCGUCAGCCAUGUUCAAUGACAGUUUCCCCCAGUUCUCUCCCCCUGAAAUAACAAGACGGCCAGUAGAUGAUUUAGUACUGCAAAUGAAGGACAUGAACAUUGACAGAGUGGAGAAUUUCCCUUUUCCAACUACACCAGAUUCUGAACAGAUUAAGGCUGCAGAAAAGCUGCUAAUUUCCCUUGGAGCUCUUGAGGAGCCUAAAAAUCAGAAGACUCUGGAUGCCAAAAAGAGAGCAUCAGCUGCCAAAAUUACACCUCUGGGACGAGCAAUGGCAUCAUUUCCGGUGUCGCCUCGCUACGCUAGGAUGCUGGCCAUGGGUCACCAGCAGGGGCUGUUGCCAUACGUCAUCGCAGCAGUUGCUGCACUGUCUGUAGAUCAGCUGUUCAUCGAUACCCGUGCAUCUUCUGACGCAGCAACAGAGGAGAGCAGUGAUGUGCAGAAGAAAAUACAAACAAUUUGUAAUGUCAAGAGACUCUGGGCAGGUUCAGGUAACUCUCUGUUGCUUGGAGACCUGAUGGUACUGCUGAAGGCUGUGGGGGCCUGUGAAUAUGAGGGUCUUUCUCCACAGUUCUGUGACCGCUAUGGUAUUCGUUUUAAAGCUAUUAAAGAAGUUCGAAAGCUGCGCACACAGCUUACAAAUGCAAUCAAUAUGGCCUUACCAGAGGCAAAUUUAUGCGUUGAUCCCAAACUCACUCCACCUACUGAUCUUCAAGCAAAGUUAUUGCGACAGAUAGCACUCAGUGGACUCGCUGAUCACAUUGCAAGAUUCAACCCACAGGUGCCCACUGCAAGUGAUGCAGAUUCACAGAAAAAGAAAUAUGCCUAUGAAUGUUGUGAGUUUGAGGAAGCUGUGUACAUUCAUCCAACAUCAGCUCUCUACAAGAAAAACAAAGAGUUUGUUGUGUACCAGAACAUUCAUGAAACUUCACGACCAUACAUGAAAGGAGUGGUUGCAGUAGAAGAAGAAUGGCUGCCAAUUUAUGCUCCUAGUUAUUGCACAUUCUCCAAUCCAUUGGAGGAUCCUCCUCCAUCAUGGAAUGCUAGCUUAGGACAGGUCAUGUGCUACAGGACAAGCACGUUUGGUCGCUGCUGCUGGAAGUUACCAGCCGUGUGUGUACCAUAUCCACCAGGCCUGGACAGAUUCAAGUGGUUUGCUCGGUUUUUACUUGAAGGUCAGGUUCAUGCAGCACUGGGCAAAUAUACACCUGACUUGCUAACAACACCAGCAACUAUGAUCAAACCUUGGGCCAAAUUGCAGCCCCGAACAGAAGUUCUCCUAAAAACUCUUGUAUCCAGAAAUGUGGACUCUCACAGUUCACUUCUUGCUGCUUGGGAUAAAGACCCUAAAUAUAUGCUGUCCGCGUUUCUUCAGUGGCUUCCAGAAUCAAUGCACUUCCAGGUGGUGGAAAACUGGCCACCAACAGUCAAGAGCUGAUCCUUUAUAUGUGAAAAUGGAUGUGCAUUCAACAGUAAACAUUCAACCAAAGACAUAUACAGCCUUUUGAAUUUCACGAAACGUUUUAUCUUUGUAGGAGUAAAGCGGGAAGAAAUUAGAGAGGCAUUAGCACCUAGGGCACAAGCAGACAAAUAGCAUUGCCCCCGUCCGUGGAAAAGAUAGAUUUAGAAAUAGCUGAUCUGUUAUGAUUAAUUAUUUGAUGGUCGACCAUUCUAAAUUCAUACAAGAUUGUUUAUGACAAUGGCCGCCUCUUAAAACGGUUGGUCGAGCUAAUGCUCGAUAAAAUAGUAUUACAUAUCCAGAAACUGCUUCUUUCCAUCCUGCUUUUCCAGACUGAACUGAUAACAUCUCUGUGUGAAGAUUUCUUUCCAUCCUUCUUAACUUUUGCCUUCCUUUACACUGUGCACACAUUAUUGGUAUGAUAGGUGUGUCUAAUCAUAUAGAAGAUGGUAAGAACAUUAAGAUGAUGCAGAAAAGCUGAUUUCCAGAGGUCUAAGUUAAUAGCAUUAACUGAUUGUACAAUGAAGGUAUGAUGUGCAAGUGUGAAAGCUUGAAAGAGGGAAGAGAGAAUGUGUGUGUACAUAUAAGAACGCAUUGAAAUUUGAAGUGUUUGUAUGUUUGACAUUAACAGAUAUAAAAAAAAAUGAAUAAAGCGUCAAAUGUAAUGCUUA